AUGUUCAUGAAUAAAACUUUUCUUUUUCGCUUUUUUUUUUUUUGUCUUUUUUACGGUUUGCCGUUUUUUUCUUUUUCGCUUUUUUUUUUGUCUUUUUUACGGUUUGCCGUUUUUUCUUUUUCGCUUUUUUUUUUUUUUUUUUUUUACGGUUUGCCGUUUUUUCUUUUUCGCUUUUUUUUUUUUGUCUUUUUUACGCUGCCCAAUGUCAAUGAUCAUUUCGACGACAAAUCUCGAUCUGCUCGGAGCAAUGGUUACCGCUCAGGGCGAAUCAGCCCAAGCCACAGUGCUCAUGGCAGCCUAACUCGACACACCAUUCGUAAACUCACAGAUUCCCGCAAGGCGCGUAAGGUCCGGUUCUAUCGUAAUGGUGACCGAUUCUACAAGGGCUACGUGAUGGCAAUAAACUGCGAAAAAUUCCGUAGCUUUGAAUCCCUCUUGGAGGAUCUGACGGCCAGCCCUCUUUGCGAUACCAACAUCCUAGCUAAGGGGGUACGCUAUAUUUUCUCCAUCGACGGUAAGAUGGUCACUACACUGGAAGGGCUGCUGGAAGACGAACAUUUUGUUUGCUCGAGCACGGAUGUCUUUCGGAACGUCAAUUACAAAAGCAUCAUUAACCUUUGCUGGAAUCCAAACGUUAGGGGACCUCUUAGCGGUGAGGAGUACGUCAGUAACCAGUGUCCCGAUUCAACCCUGACUGAAGCCACUAGGGACUUCGUUAAACCGAAAUUGGUCACCGUUAUCCGAAACGGUGGAAAACCACGCAAAGCUGUCAGAGUUCUCCUCAACCGGAAAACGGCCUAUUCCUUUCAACAGGUUCUCAGUGAUAUCACAAAUGCUAUUCACCUGGACAGUGGUUCAGUGCGAAAGAUAUUUACACUGGAUGGAAGACAGUUUGCUUCUCUUUUCUUUAAUUUCCUUUCCUUCCCCCCACUUCCCUCCCGUUAUUUCUAUAGUUUGCUUCUCUUUUCUUUAAUUUCCUUUCCUUCCCCCCCACUUCCCUCCCGUUAUUUCUAUAGUUUGCUUCUCUUUUCUUUAAUUUCCUUUCCUUCCCCCCACUUCCCUCCCGUUAUUUCUAUAGUUUGCUUCUCUACCCCCCUCUUCUUUUUCUUUAUCCUCCUUUGCCUCCCUCUCGAUCUUUGUAUAGUUUGCUUCUCCCCUUUCCAACUUUCUCUCGCUUCUCCCAUUCUUUGUAGAGUAGGGUGGUCUAGUCAAAAUCAUGACGGAAAGGCGGCAACUUCCUGUUCUUUUCUUUCUCCAUCUUCUUUUCUUUCCUUCCCUUCCUUUCUUCUUUCCUUCCUUUCCUCUUUCCUUCCUUCCUUUCUUCUUUCCUUUCCUUUUUCCUUCCCUUCCUUUCUUCUUUUCUUUCCUUUCCUUCCUUCUUUCCUUUCCUUCCUUCCCUUCUUUCCUUUCUUUUCUUCCUUUUUCAUCUUCCUUUUCUUUCUUUUUUCUUUCUUCAUCUUCCUUUUCUUUCUUUCUUAA